CUAAGUAUUGCUGUUUUCCAUUUCUUUCUUUUCUAUUCAAUUUCUCUCUUGAUCUCUUCAUCUCUUGAAUCGGAAGGGCAGUAAUGGGUUCUCAGCUUCACAUCUUCCUCUUCCCUUUCUUGGCCGAUGGCCACAUCGUCCCCAUCGUCGACAUGGCCAAGCUCUUCGCAUCUCGCGGCAUCAAAAUCACCAUUCUCACAACUCCUCUCAGUUCCAUCUCCAUUUCUAAAUCACUUCACAACUUCAAUUCUCAGAUUCAGCUUCUGCUGCUUGAUCUCCCCUCUUCAGAAGCCGGCCUGCCAGGUGCUUGUGAAAAUGCCGACUCCAUUCUCACCCCUGCUUUGUUCUUCAAAUUCAUCUCCGCUAUGGAUUUGCUUCGGCCCCAACUGGAGCACGCUCUGAUGGAGCAUCGCCCCCAUUGCCUCGUGGCCGAUAUGUUCUUCCCUUGGGCCAACGAAGUCGCUUCCAAAUUUGGGACCCCCACGCUCAUUUUCCACGGCUUUAGUUUUUUCGCCCUCUCUGCUUCUGAACUCAUCUCAAUUCACCAGCCUCACGACCACGUUUCAUCUGAUACUCACCCUUUUCUCAUUCCUCAUCUCCCCGGAGAUAUUAAGUUAACCAAAAUGCAACUCCCCACAUUCCCUCACGGAAAUACUCUAUCGGAUGUUAGCAAUUUUUUUGCCAAAAUUAAACAAUCGGAAUCCGAUUGUUACGGGAUGGUUGUCAACAGUUUUUACGAGCUGGAGGCAGAGUAUGCUGAUUGCUACAGGAACGUGUUGGGAAGAAAGGCAUGGCAUAUUGGCCCACUUUCUUUAUGCAAUAAGGAAACCCAAGAGAAAGCCCAGAGAGGGAGAGAAUCCGCCAUUGACGAGCAGGAGUGCAUGAAAUGGCUCGAUUCGAAGAAACCCAAUUCGGUUGUGUAUGUUUGUUUUGGAAGCAUGGUUAAAUUCAACUCUGAUCAGCUGAUGGAGAUCGCAAUUGGGCUUGAAGCUUCUGGGCAGGAGUUCAUAUGGGUGGUGCGGAAGGGGAAAGAGGAAGAAGAAGAAGAGGGCCAAAAUUGGUCAUCGGAAGGAUUCGAACAGAGGACUGAAGGGAAAGGGAUGAUCAUAAGAGGGUGGGCGCCGCAGGUUCUGAUUCUUGAUCAUCCGGCGGUGGGUGGAUUCGUGACGCACUGUGGGUGGAAUUCGACUCUUGAAGGAGUAACUGCCGGCGCUCCGAUGGUGACGUGGCCGGUCGCCGCGGAGCAGUUUUACAAUGAGAAACUGGUGAGUGAGGUGUUGAAAAUUGGAGUUCCGAUUGGGGUUGAGAAAUGGGUGAUGAUUUCGGGAGAUUUCGUGAGAAGGGAAGCUGUGGAGAAGGGGAUAAGGAGAGUAAUGGAGGGAGAAGAAGCAGAGGAGAUGAGAAACAGAGCUAAAGAGUUGGCCAAUAUGGCAAGGAUGGCAGUUGCAGAGAAUGGAUCUUCAUACUCCGAUCUGGAUGCUUUGAUCAACGAAUUGAAAUCUCUAACCGUUUGAAAACCUUUCAUUUUGCUCAUUGUGUUUCAAUAGUUGAAAAGUAAAUCACUGUUUUCCAGACGGGUAGGAUUAGUGAGCCAAAUUCAUGUUUAUUUCCAAAGUCCCAAUAUGCCCUAGCACUGUACAAUUACUCUUUAGGAUAGCAACCAUAUAUAUUUUGUUUUCAGCGUCUCUUCUGAGAUGCAUUAAUUUUUUAAUAAA